UGCUGAGUAGUCGCGCGAGAUCGCAACGCAGAGGCAGUUCUCUCUCUCUCUCUCCGUCUUCGCUUUCAGUCAGCGCGAAUCAUCGCGCGCGCGAGCAGUUCUACCGUGUAGGUCAAUUUUUCGUCGUCGUUCGUUCGUUGUUGUCGAAUUCCGCAUUCGACAUCUUAUUUCGCGUGUACGCGUGUGAGUGUGCAUCAGGGAACUCGAUUUUGGAGCGGACCUGCCGCGAAGGAGAAAAGUCUCGACUUUGGCAGCGGUGUAUAUUAGAAGGCAUUACGUAGUGUGCGUGUGUCGGCGCGGCCUCGAGUGUAGUCUCGAGGUGAAAUACACCUGUUGCUCGCGCGCACCGACUCUAUACGUAUAUACGUAUUAUUAUUAUUACCGCUGUAUCCAUCGCGUGUUGUAUACUCUACUAUAUCGCAACACCGUGCAUCCUUUGACAUUAUACAUACAUACAGUGAGAUACAUAUACAUACAUACAAGUGUACAGUGUGCAAACUCGCGAACGAGAAUCCGCAGUGUUGUUGUGAUUUUUCGGCAUUGAAUAUCCGCAAGGAGUAAAAGCAAAAGAAGAGCAUCCCUCGAUGCUCCAGCUCGCGUGACCUAGUGUGCAGUAUAUACGGUUCGAGAUCGUCAUCGUCGUCAUCGUCAUCAUCAUGGCACAAGUCGUGAAGAAUUUGACAAACAGUAUCUGGCACGCGUUCAACGCCCUGCAGCUGGAGAAUCAAGUGGGCGCCGUGGCCAAAUCCAAAUUGAAGGUUCUGACGGCCAACAUCGGCACGCUGCUGGACCUCUACGGAGUCGAGAAAGGAUUGGAGCACUACAGAAGCACGUCCACUCUCACUUUCGAGCACUUUAUCUUUUAUCUGCAGAAAGAGGUCUUUUCCUCGUUGACGGAGUCCACCACGAUGGAGACGUGCAGAAACUUGGAGAAGGGCGUCGACGAGAUAUGCUGGCUCGUCUGCAGAAAGCAGUAUCUGGACAGAUCGAAUCCACUGUACACGGACGCCAGCGUGUACCAGCUAUUCAGGAUAUUUUGCCUGCUCGCCGAGGUGGAAACCGAUACACUGGAAGGCGGCUACAUCGUAACUAUGCACAGCGACGAAGUGGCUCGAAUUGCAUCGCAGUUGGCAUCGUCGCUAGGUUUGUGCUGGGAUCCCGCUGACUUUAAUGCACUCUCAGCGGCUAUCGGAACUUUCAGAUUCUCGACCUUCUUGGCGGUCUUGGAAUCGAAGUACAGCGGCGACGGUAAUUUGGACAUCGACGGAGUUAUCGAGGCCAUAGAGGACCUGUAUCAGACGUACGUCGAGGACGUAAUCAAGAAGGGCUACCUGAUGAAGAAGGGCUACCUCCUGCCGACCCUGAAAGGCUUCUGGUUCGUGCUGCGACCGGGCGAGCUCGCCUACUACAAGGACUCGCAGCAGAAGGAGGCCGCGGGCACGAUCACGCUCGACGGUAAUUCGUGGGCCGACUCGGCCGGCACGAGCGGCGGCCACGCCAAGCCCGAUCGGCGAUUCGUUCUGUGCACGCCCGAGCACAAGUGCAUCGAGCUCGUCGCCGAGGACCAUCGCGGCCGGCUCCAAUGGCUCGCGGCCCUACAGAUCGCCGUCGAGCACGCCGGCGAGCGGGUGAGCUAUCAGCGCGGCCUCGCCAUGCGUCGACGCUCGGCCCGGCUGGCCUGCAAGCAGGAGCGGGAGGAGACGCGCCAGGAGCUGCUGCAGGAGCGACAGGCCCGCAUAGCCGCCGAGAUACAGGCGCGCAAGCUCGAGGCCCUGUCCAAGCGGGAGGGCGCCCGCGUACAGGAGCUCGAGGACGUCAAGCUGAGGCUCGAGGCGCUGCUCGAGGAGGAGAAGCUCGCGCUCAGAGACGAGGAAAUAGUUCGGGGCCUUCAAGCGCGAGUUUUGAACGAGGAGUGGGAGAAGAGAGAACAACUGGAGAGGCUGCAGCAAGAGCAAUUGAAGCUGCUCGAGAUGGAAAAAAUGAAGCGGAUCGAGUUCGAAACGAAGCAGCAGGAAAACGAGAGGCAAUUAAAAGAGGCCAAGAUGCGGCUGCAGCAGCUCGAGCACGAGAAAGAGAAUCUCGACGCGGAGCUACGUGCGGCCCGCGAAAAGGUCAAGAGAGCCGAGGAGGCGCAAAUUAUUUUGGAAACUCAGCUCGUCGCGACGAGGCCAAAGAGUGGCGAAAGAAUCAUCAGGCGAUCGCAGAGCUUCAUACCGACGACGAAAGAGCGGCCGUUACUGGUCGAGGAGAGGCUGCUCUUUCGGAAAAAUUUCUGAUCGCGACGCGACGUGACACGUCAUUAUUAUAUAUUAUUAUAUGAAUAAGAGGCGGGGGCGCGCGCGCGCGCGCGUGCCGCAAGAUAUCGCCGCGCGCAAAAUACAUGUAGACUCGCGUGUGCGUGUGCUUCGCAUUGCAACACGCAUGCAGGGCGUCCAUUUAGACACACGGUAUAUAUUUUUAUAUUUAACUUUUUUCGUUAUUAUAUAACGCGCAGAAUAAGUCUGAACCCUAGCUUUUUACGUCAGGAACGUGAGGAAAUGUGUCAUAAAUUUAAGGCGAGUCAGAGUGAAAGUAGUAGUAAACGCGACUCGAUCUUACGCGAACACGAAUUAUUCAAUCAAAUAUUAUAGAAUCGUAAAUAAUUAAUAAAUGUUCCUGAACAGAGUAUCUUGCCUUAUUUAAGGAGAAGAAAGAAAUUAAUCGAUUGUUUUGUUCUUUUAUUAUUUUUUAAUAUCUGUAAGGUAAUUAAGUAUAUUUUAUCACGAGAUCGAAUGCCAAUGAAAAAGCAUUUUCACGCAUAUCAUAAAGACAGUUGUCAAUUAACUCGCAACGAACGAAUUAUCAAUUUUAAGAUUGUUAUGUCUACGACGUAUUUUCUAAUGUUUUUCUUUGUUACAAACUUAUAUAUAAAAAAAGUGUUGAUAUUUUAUUUAUUAUUAUCGUUUAAUUUGAAAGUGUAUAAAAAUUACAUUAUUUAUAAAUGCAUUUGUAAGUCACGUUAUUUUUAGAAUAGAAAAAAAAAAGUUUAUA